UCCUAAGAAGACUUCAUACCGUGAAGUUCAUUACGAAAUUAAAUAAAAUAUAUUUUUAAGUGUUAAUUAAAUUAUUUAAUAAUAAAAAGGGAAUAAUGGCAUCAUAUAACUGGGUACACAGUAACGCCUACGCUGAUAUACCACCCUUCGCCAUACAUGCUGGCCAUGAUUCAGAUGGUGAUGCAAUUUACGUUGGCCGCGCUUACCACAAUGGCGAUGUAGUGCCAGCCAAAGUAAUACCCAAUAAACAUCAAGCCUACGUAGCAUGGGGUGGUGAGGAAAUCAAUAAGCACGAUGUUGAAAUCUUAACUGGACAACAUUUCUGCUGGAUUCCAAGCUCUGGCGGUAAUGUACCACCAGCUGCUCUACGUGUAGGUCGUACAACUGACGGUGAACCAUUAUACAUUGGCCGUGGUCAUUGGCACGGUAGUUUAACACCUGGCAAGAUACAUCCAUCCCAUGGUUGCUUAUAUAUCCCAUAUGGUGGUGGUGAGCACAGAUUGGAACACUACGAAGUUUUGGUACAACCCGAAACAUGGGUCAGUUCAGCUGGUAGCAAUAUCAUCCCUGGUACCAUACAUGCCGGCACCGAUUCUGAUGGUGAUGCUAUUUACGUUGGACGUGCUUAUCACGAGGGUGAUUUGUUGCCUGCUAAGGUUAUACCCAACAAGGGUUGCGCUUAUGUAGCCUAUGGCGGUGGUGAACAUGUCAAACACGAUUUUGAAUUGUUGUGUGGUUAUGGCUAUGGUUGGGUACCAGACUCUAAUGGUGGUGUACCACCAGGUGCUGUUAUCUGUGGACGUACUAGCGAUGGUGAACCACUUUAUAUUGGUCGCGGUCAUUAUUGUGGCAGUUUUACACCUGGUAAAAUUCAUCCAUCUCAUGGUUGUCUCUAUAUUCCAUUCGGUGGUCAAGAAGUGCGUCUACACGAUUAUGAAGUACUUGUUAGGUCUUAAGCAAAUAAUGCGUAAUUUAUGCUUUAGAGCUGAAUCGAGUUGUUUUCGUAAUAUUUCAUUGUUCAAUUUUUUGUUAAAAAAAUCUUUCUUAAAUAAAUUCUUUCCUAUUAAUUUUUAAAUAUAA